AGUCAGGCACGACAUCGAUUCCCCACAUGUCCAUAGACAUGCGCAUUUUUUGGGGUCCUUCAGCUGAAUGGUUGAGGCGCCUACUUUCUAUAGUUAAUGGUUAGAAUUUUCAUUAUCGCUAGCCAGCUAAGUGAAAUUAAUUGAGUUGUAUCAUUGAGUUGAUCCAAGUUACUGGUAAUGGAGGAGGUAGAUGUGGAGCCGACAACUACUCCUAUCCCGGGGGUCGACAGUAACAGAAAACACUUGGGAUUUGUUUGGGGUCCUGGAGAUAUCCUGGUUUAUGAGACCAUUUACAAAGCAUCAGGUUUGUCCACAGGGGGUUGUCCCUUUGUUCAUGAGGUCAGGAAAGAUGAGGACAUCUGUUCACCAAUUUUGCGUAAACUCUUCAAUGAGUCCCAUCACAUCUUUGUCGGUCUUCAGGGAAUCAGAGAUGACCUUCCCAGCAAGAACAAAAAAACCCAGUUUGUCAGUAUUAGCAAGAACUACAGGUCGGUGAUUAGAGCAUGCAUGGAGGAGCUUCAGCAAGUUGCAGUGUCCGUGCAAGAUGCAGCAUUGGCCACACAAUAUGGAAAUCAGGUGUCAAUCCUGCUGGCAGUAGAGCUUAUCUGGAACCUGUGUGAAGUGUUGUUCAUUGACGCAGCUCCAGCCGGCUCCCUGUUGCUCCACCUUCUGGACUGGGUGAGGCUACACAAGGCUGAUGUGGAUGAGAAGGCCAGGGAUGUGCUGCAGAGUGAGAGCCCUACAGAGCACCAGGCCUACUGGGACGUGGUAAUCAGCUACGUGCUGCAGGGUCGGAUGGACGAGGCCAGGCAGGUCUUGAUGAAACAGGCAGCGUUGCAGCCUGCGGCCAGGGGCAUGUUUAAACUGCUGGACAACCUGCUCAUAAAGAUGCCCAUCUUCAAUCCCAGUGGGGCUCAGACACUAACAGAGUUUGACGUAAAGUGGAGACACUGGCACGAGGAAGUGGACCGCUGUCUUCAGGACCAGUCCUUCGCCAGCAACCCCCACCUAGAGGUCAUCUGUAAGAUCCUGGUUGGUGAUGAAGAUGUUCUCCUGGAGCACAAGGAACUAUUGAGUACCUGGUAUCACUUCCUGGUUACCAGACUCCUUUUCUCCCAUCCCAUCGUCAAGCCCACAGAGCUACACUAUUAUGCACAGUCGAGCAUGCACAUGUUCCUGGACACAAGGAGUGUCCCAGAGCCUCUGGACAGCAUCCUGCUGGCAGCCUUUGAAUUUGACAUCCACCAGGUCAUCAAGGACUGCAGCAUUGCACUCAACAACUGGUGGUUUGUGGCACAUCUGACAGACCUCAUGGACCACUGCAAACUGCUGCAGUCACACAAUCUACACUUUGGCUCCAACCUGAGGGAGUUUCUGUUGCUGGAGUACGCCUCAGGGCUCUUCACUCAUCACAGUCUAUGGCAGCUGGCGGUAGACUACUUCGACCACUGUCCAGAGUUUGGCCGAGUGUACCUGGAGCUGCAGAUAGAGCGCGUGCCUCUGGACACGGAGAGGAAGGCCCUGAAGGUGCUGAGGAUAUGUGAGCAGAGGCAGAUGACAGAGCAAGUGAGGAGCAUCUGUAAGAUCAUGGCCAAAGGAGCUCUGAGAAACAACAGACUAGGCUCAGCUCUCUCCUGGAGUAUCAGAGCUAAAGAUGCUGCCUUCGCCACACUGAUAUCAGAGAGGUUUCUCCAGGACUACUGUGCCAAUGGGGCCUUCUCUGAUCUUGACUUGAUUGACAAUCUGGGCUCCGCCAUGCUGCUCAGCGACAGGCUGACCUUUCUAGGGAAGUAUCGGGAGUUCCACCGACUCUAUGGUGAGAAAUGUUUUUCGGAUGCAGCAAAGCUCCUCCUCUCCCUGAUGACCGCUAAAAUCGCCCCCCGCACCUUCUGGAUGACCCUGCUGACAGACGCCCUUCCCCUGCUGGAGCAGAAAGAGGUGAUCUUUUCUGCUGAUCAAACUCAUGAGCUGAUGUUCUGUCUAGAGGACCUCACCUCAGGGAAUUGUCUGCCCAAACCAGAUAGAGCCAUGCAGGAUGAGGACAUUGAUACGACCAAGAUUGAGAUCCUGCGACUAGCGCUGGCUCGUAACCUGGCCAAAGCCAUAGUGAAAGAGGGGACAGUGGAGGUUUGACUAACAUCACCGGCCAACUUCCUAUCCUGUUCAUAUUUUUCUACUGUACAUAAGCCAUGUCAAGUCUGAUGUGAUUUGAUAAUAAAUUGAACUUUUUUCAUGA